CGCCGAUCAGCGGUGCUUCCGGUGUCCAAAUCCGGGGCAAUACCCGACGAGCGACGACGCCUUUUCCGUGGUAUGAUAUCCUACCGACGCGAAUACAGAAUGCCCAAUGAUAAGCCUAGCUGCCACUCUACAUCUCCACGAAUUCUGUUACCAUGAGUGAAAAGAAGAGCGACUCUGAGCAGCUGGUGUUUAACACUGACGAGCAGAUUGCGGAAAGUGUAACUGUGACAGGUACAAUAAACACUGCUCAGCCUAAUGAGGGAACCUUUUACCAAAUAUUGGCUGGUGAUGAUCUACAAGUGACUUUUGACAACAAUGCAGACAACAACUACUGGAGUUUUCAUGCCGGUAGCUCAUUCCCCCAUGUUUCAGAGCUCUUUCACAUUGAGGCUGUGGGGGGCAAUAAGGUGAAGAUAGUUGGCUACCCUCCACCGGGCAAAGUGAGGUGGUAUCUCACAAUCAUUGAGAACCAACGUGGAGUCCCUGACCAAUAUCCCAAGUUUUCGGCUGAGGACGGGGUAUGAGUAUCAUUGAGUAACAUUCUCUUAGUGUUCAACUCCCCUCAUUAGUUCCUCCAACCACAGGUUGAAAACAUUCUUCACACUGAGUUCACAAGACACGACAGUCCAACUGAUCUCAACACCUUUGGACUGAGCUACACCACCCAAAAAGAUGAAACACGUUACCUGCUACCAGUAAACCGUAAAAGGAGGAUUGGGUGGAGCAAGAAUUUGCAGUAUCCUUUUCUGAUGGUAUAUACCUCCAGAGGAGAGGGAGCUGGUGGAUCUUGAUAAAGCCACGAAGAAAUAAGAUAAAUCCAAGAAGAAAUGUUGCUAAUAGCUGCAUGGCUUCACACUACUGUUGCUCUCUUUGUACCUGUCUUAAAUACCAUUCGUAAUAGUAGUAUUGGUAUUUUCUACUCUAUGACUGCAUGGCAAAUCAUCACAUUUUUCUGUGUAGAAGACUGCUCAGCAACACAUACACGUGUACCACAA